UGUUAUUAGUGUCUUACGAACACAGUCCUGAGUCCUGGCCCCUGGUGUGAGAAUAUAUACGUAGUAUAAGUUGGGUUUAGGAAGAGAAGUGUUUUGUAUCUAAUACGUUGGUGAAUGUUUAAAUGCAAAAUGACAUCUGUGGAUUCAGGAAUCGAAACAAGUAAUAAUUCAGACGAUAGUUCGAUCGCUCAAAAUGAAGAUAUGACAAUAGAAGAAAUUGGUAAUGCCAGUUCAACUCCUGCAAUAAUAACGUGCAAUAAUAAUCAGAAUGAAAUACAAGAAAUUAAAUCCGGCAUUACUUACACUAAAUUUAAUACAAAUUGGCCAAUUGUCUUAUCAAAUAUACACGGUGAUGUUCAAAAUUCUACAGCAGGAAGUAGUUCAAAACCAUGUAUAGAUGUAUCCCCUAAUGUUUUUAAGAUUAAGAUUCCUUGCAAGCGUCAUUCUAUUGAUUCAUCAACAACUAGAACAAUUUUCAUAGAUAAUUAUGUCUAUUGUAGCAAAAUAAAAUUUAUGAAUGAAAAACGUAGAAACCGUCACUUUUUUCCUUUGUUGGAUGUUCACACUCGUCUUAUUGAACAUAGAAUGAGAAUUGCAGCAGCUACAAACAACACCAUAAUGAUGAGAAGUCUUUUAAAUUCUGGUGCUUCACCUAACACUUGUGAUAAACAAGGACGAACUCCUCUUCAUCUUGCCUCUUGCAGGGGUUAUACAGAAAUGGUUCGUUUGUUAUUGGAACAUGGUGCAGAUCCGAAUCUUCGUGAUUCUGUAGGUAAUACACCAUUACAUUUAGCAGCUGUGACAAGCAAAAUAUCUGUAGUUACACUCCUUUUAAAUGCCGGAACGGAUCCCUUAUGCUUGGAUCAAUAUGGUUAUAAUCCAUUACACUUGGCACAAACAAAAUUAAAGUUAUUGCAAAACUGUAAAGGGAAGGAUAUGAUGAAGAUCAAAGAGGAAGUGCAAAGUAUAAUUAGUAUGUUGUUGGCAUAUUUACAGAAGUAUAAAGAUACUCACAAAAAUAUGGAAAUCUUGAGUAGUUUGUGUUCACGUUUAUCUUUAUCAAACACGUCGAAUCAAGUUCAGGAUGAUGUGAAAGAUUUGUUGGCUAAUUUAAAUGCUCUAUCUAUAACACAGUAAUCACUUAUUCACUUUAUCAAACUAAUAGCUCAUAUAUAUAUAAAUAAUAACUCAUAUAUAAAUAAUAACUCAUAUAUAAAUAAAUUGAUGUAAAACUAAAAAAGUGAUUAACAGUAUGCGUUAAAUUUAGGUUGCUCGUAAUAAGUUCAUUUUAAUCAAUUAAUUUACAUACUGAAAAAAUUUUUUCUAAUUUAUAUCAGUGCGCAAGAUAACGGUAAAGUUUUGAUAUACAGUAGAACAGAAUAGAGCUAUAAUUUGGAAAGUUGUGCGAAUGUUAACAAAGUAAAGUAUCGCGGAUUAGGAAGUAUGUAAUUAUUACAUUGGGUAGCUCUAUUUAUGUAUGCUUGUGGUAUUGUCGAUAUCCGUGCGCUCUGCAUUAUUUCAACUUUGACUCAUUGACGAUAAAAAGAAAUAUUUACAUUUCUUUAUAGUCAAACUAUAUUUCGCUCGCUUAUUAUUCUGACUUGAUUCUGUAUGUUUCUAUGGGCUACAAAACAAAUCAAGUUUCGAUAAUUAGCUAUAAGUAUUUUAUGAAACGCAUUUUAUAAAUUUCAUCUUGGCCUCAGAGUGUUAUAUUUUUGUGUGCUAUAUUUUCAUGUUUUUUAAAUUACUAUUGUUUUGGAUUUAUUGUAUUUACAAAACUUAAUGCGGAUUCCAUACAGUACAAAAAAAUAAAUAGUAGGAUAUCACAUCAUUAAAUCAAGUAUGUAUUUGGUACAAACCAUAAUUCUCAUAAAUUUCAAUUCAUUAUUAUAUAUUAACUAUACACUAAUAUGAAAGUUUGUAUUUUCCUUUUCUUUACUCAACUAAUUGGUUUAAAUAAUAAUGGGUAAAUAACAAUAGGGUUAUUAAUUUUUUAAAUUAAUAUGAUUGUGCAUAUAGUGUGCAAAUAGUUUUUCUUUAAGACGAUUAAAAAAUGAUGUAUUACAUUAACUUUUUUAAGUUUAUAAAGCUGCAAAUAGAGUGCAAAAAUGAAAGUUGAAAUUUAUACAAUUUAUAGAUAUUGAUAGAGUAACAUUGCUUAUGUAAAUUUAUCUCUAUAUAUUUUGAAAAAAGGAUUUUGCUUUAUUUUUUAUAUAUUUAUUUUACAUAAUAUACACAUUUACGUGUAUAUUAUUUUGUUUUUUAAUAAUUUCUUUUUAUAUUAUUAUUUUCUAUACUUAUCUUUUAAGUUAUUAAAUAUCUCAUUGAUAUUGAACUUUAUGUCCCCCUUUUUAGGUUUUCAACCAAUACAAAACAAUAAAGAUAUAAAAGUAGGCUGCAGGAUAUAUUGUAGCAUAUACAUUGUAUUUUCAUUACUAUUUUAGGAUAUAUGACAUUUUUUAAAUUUUAGAUAAAUACAUAAGCUAACAAAUAAAGUAUGAUUGUAAACAUAUAUUCUCAUUCACUUUUAUAAAAAAUUCCAAAUAGAAAGAAUCUUAAAAUGCAUUCCUAAUAAACGUCUUCAAAAUAUUUCAAUUCUCAUAUGAAAUAUUGUGCUACAAUAGUGUAUCAAUUUUGUUAAAUAUUGUCGCAUUGUUGUACAUAUUCUUUCACUCUGUUUGCAGCCUCAACACUAACUAUGAGAAUUAUAUAAAUUUGUAAACAUAUGAACAAAUUAUGUGAAAUUCAAAUUGUUAGCAUUUACCUUAUAAAUAUAUAUCUUUUACAUUGAUAUUCUCAACU